CAAAUGGCAACUUGAGUAAACAGGAAACAAAGGCACUUAAAGAACUCCGUAUUAACACAGAUUUGAUUACCCCCCUUAUCCGAGAGUUUGAUAAUGUGGUAGUCCUUGACAAGAAUCACUACAUUCGUAUGGCUGAACUUCUCCUGAAUGAUG